AUGGAUGUGGAGUCCCUCUUCACUAAUGUCCCUGUCAAUGAGACCAUACAGAUGAUCCUGGACCGGGUGUAUGGGGACCCAACCACUCCAUCCCUGAACACCCCUGAGCACACCCCUUGUGCCCUCCUGGAAAUAUGCACUAAGAAGGCCUCCUUCUCCAACCACCGAGGCCGCAUGUACACCCAGAUUGACAGGGUGGCGAUGGGUUCUCCCCUCAGAGUCCUCUUUGCCAAUUUCUACAUAGGCACCGUGGAGCAGACUGUCUUCAAAGGCAUCAAUAAGCCAAGGAUGUAUGUGCCCUAUAUUGAUGACACCUUCGUCUGUGCCGAUUCCCAAGAAGAUAUUGAAGACCUGAGGUGUGCUUUCCAUGCCCACAACUGCCUGAAAUUUAUGAUCGAACAAAGCCAAGAUUGCCGCCUCCCCUUCCUCGACGUCCUUGUUGAGCAGGAGGAUUCAUUCAGCACAAAGGUCAAUAAAAAACCGACGAACCUGGGUAUGUGUACGAACGGCAUGAGCGAGUGCCCUGAGAAGUAUAAUCACUCCACCAUCAGCGCCUACGUCAGAAAAGCCCUCUUGCACUGCUCCUCCUUGAACGACACACACAGGAAGCUGCAAUGUGCUGUCCAGGUCCUCAUCAACAACAGACAUUCAAAUAGACACUGA